AUCAAUUCGGAGAAAGAACGUACCAUGUAAGCGUUUUUUUGAUGACCCCAUCCCCCAAAUAGAGUAUCGUACCGAAAAUUGCUAACAUCGCUAUGAAAGUUUCAAAUUCCAUUAGUGUAAUCUAUAAUGCUAGUCUGCCUACCUACUCCAACUUUAUGUACCUUGUACUAUAGUCUUGUUUAUCCCUAUUUACUUCAUUGCGUUACGGUAUGGGGCUCACUUAUCCAUCCACCUUGAAACGUUAUGUCCUACUCCAGAAAAAGGUGGUACGAAUUAUAUCAAGAGGUACUUUUAACUCUCAUACUGAACCUAUAUUUAAGCAGUUGAAAAUUCUUAACCUUUACAAAGCACUCCUCCAAUAAUUAUAUCUGCAUCUUUUUCAAGAGAAAUUAAAAAGCCCAUUAUGCUUCCAUAUCUAAUCAAAUAGUCUUUUGUAUAUAUUGUUGUUCCAUUUCUUUUAUUUAUCUUGAUAAGACAGAAGACGGUUAAGACUUGUAAAAGAGUAGAGUUAAGGGAAGAUUCUGUCUUCAGAUUAAAAAAAACGGUGUCUUCUGCUGUUUGUUGAGUUAGAUAUUCUCAUUCUACGUGAAACUUUCACUUUUGCGUUACAUGGUGCUCUGAUAACUUCUUUGUCAUAUUCAUAUGCAGGUGACGCUCUGAAUGACGAUGGAGACCCAAAGUCCCUCAGCUUCACUUCCCCCAAAUAUCCAAAGUCCCUCAGCUCCACCUCCCCCAGAGACCCCAGGUCCCUCAGCUUCACCUUUCCCAGAAAAGGAAGAUGGGGAAGUCUUUAACUGGUUAACCGGUCUACUUGCUGGAUUUCUCGUAAUUAGUCUUGCAAUCAAUAUCUAUCUGGUUGUGAAAAUCUGGAAGCCUGAUCUGCACACCCCAGAUGACACCCGUGGAGUCAUAAAUUCAACUUUUCAAGCAGAUUCUAACGUUGAUGGAAGUGCCGAAGAACUAGAUAAUAUCCCUAACCAAGAACAACGAAAGAAGGAAGUGGGCGGAGGAGAGACAUAAUGAUGUGCUGAAAAUCUAAACAUUUGUUUUUCCUCUAGUAUGUCAAUUCACCAUAUUAAGACAAUGGAACGCGCAAAAAAUGCCACAGUAUUUGUAACUGCUGUCGGGCUGGGUAUUUCUGUAUAUAAAAUAAGAUAUUGGUGACGUGUUCAGGUCAUAUUUCUGAACCUCGUGCUUUGUGGCUCUAUCGCGUUGUUGUGUCGCGAAUCGAACGUCUUCAAAGUCGUCACUAUUCUGCGAAUUUCACUACGUUAAGUUCCAACUGUUCCCAGGCGUACAGAGAUGACAAUCGGUAAGCUUGGCUUGGUAUUCUUUCAGUUUCAUCUCGUUUAAGUUUUACCUCGAUUAUUGCUAGUUUUAUCGUGCGUUCGUGAAUUUUUUGU